GUGUUUACUUAGUCGUUUUAACAUAGAUGUAUUUUUAUCAUUCACUCGAGUUAUAAGGAUUAAAACCUAUUGUGUACAAAGAAAUAUUUACUACCGUAAAGGAAUGAGAAAGUGUAUAAGUGUGCAAAUGGAGAUAUUUCAAUCAAUUCUGAUACUACAGCUAUUCCUCGUAACAGUUAUAAAAGGUCAAUGUUUUGGAAAUGGCACCUGUGUCUGUCAUUGUGUAGACUGCAGUGAAAAAUGUGAGACUUGUUUGCCUGGUUGGGGUGGAUCCAAAGACUACAAUUGUCAAAGGCGAAACGUGUUAUAUCGGGCAGCAGCAGGAGAUGAUAAGGACGAUCAAAAUAAAUUACUAGAUGAAGAUCUUUCAACUUCUUUAAAGAAAAAGGGCUCUAAGCCAUUUUUGAGAGUCCAACUAAAUCAGUCAAUAACAAUAGACAAACUAGACAUCACCCUUCUUCUCGAGCGGGGUGUAAAUUAUACAGUUUACGUCAAAGAUGUUGCGUAUGUUAGGUCUACGAAUGUGACAUGCAACAAGUUGGAACAGAGUGACAACAUCGGGAAGAGAACUGUGUCAAUAACUUGUUAUAAACCGCUUUCUGGAAAAUAUCUUGAAAUCGUUUCUUCAAAGAACUCACGUGUAGAAGUGUUUGACAUUCAAUAUUUUGAAUGCACCAACGGAACUUUCGGUGAAAAUUGUAGCAGUACAUGUGCGUCAGAUUGUGGUGUUGACUGUAAUGUCACUGCAGUGGAUUGUGUUUUUCAAAAGGGUUUCUUCGGUAAAUUUUGCAACCAGACAUGCCCGGAAUCGUGCGAUGAAAAUGGAUGCAAUUUUCACACAGGCGAAUGCUUAAGUUGCAAGAAUGGAUAUUUUGGACCUCUGUGUGAGAAAAACUGCUCAUUUGGUUGUCAGGAAUCUUGUGGCAAGGUAUCUGGAAACUGUACAUGCAAACCAGACUUCUACAAAGCUGACUGCUCUGAAAAAUGUUCAUUAAAUUGUAAUAGUAAGGAAUGCGAAAAAAGUGAGGGAAAAUGUUUGGCUUGCAAAGGUGGAUAUUACGGUGAUUUCUGUAAAAACAUAUGCAUUGGAACCUGUGAACAAGGAUGUGAAAGAUCUACAGGUAUAUGCCGUACAUGCAGAAAAGGUUUUUACGGUCCUUCCUGUAAUAUAUCCUGUAUGGAGAAUUGCAUGGGAGACACCUGUUCUAGAAAGGGUGACUGUCAUCAGUGUAGACCAGGAUACAAAGGGAGACAAUGCAAUGAACAAUGUCCAAAACAUUGUACACAAUGCAAGCAAUAUGAUUAUGAAUGCUCUCAAUGUGAAAAUGGGUGGUUCGGCCAAGGAUGUGCUAGAAAGUGCCCAACUACAUGUGGAGGAAAUGGUUCGUGUGAAAUUAAAUCGGGUAGAUGUUAUGUGUGUGUCAUAGGAUAUGUUGGCAGUAAGUGUGAUCACAAAUGCAGUCCAUAUUGCGAUUUAAAUGCGGCAUGUGACAUUGACACUGGGGUCUGUGAACGUUGUAUUGCUGGUAGACAUGGCAGUCACUGUGAAAGACAAUGUAGCCAGAACUGUUUAAACUUUACAUGCCUAAGUAAUCAAACAUGCAGUCAGGGAUGUAGCGAUGGUUGGUUUGGCGAUAAGUGUAACCAAGAAUGUUCUGCAGCUAUCGACGAUUGCACAAAAUGCUCCUUAGUCGACAGUAACACUCCAGUAUGUCAUAAAUGUGCAGAUUCAUGGUUUCUUAAUAAAUCGCAAUGCUUCAAGUGUCCAGAAAACUGCUCCUCUUGUGAAUCUGAAACACAUUGCACGAUGUGUAGUAAUGAUGUUAGCUACGGUAAAACAUGUAACAUUCCGUGCAGUGGUGAUUGUAUAAACAAGACGUGUGACAUGACUGGGAAUUGUCUACAUGGCUGUAACAACAAUAAAUACGGUAUUGAAUGUGAUAAGGACUGUGCAGAAGGAUGCAGUUUAUGCAAUGAUGCAUUUAGCUGCUCUAAAUGUGAAGAAGGAUGGCUUAGUCUACCUAGUCAACAAAGUCCAAAGGCCUACAAAAUGUGUUGGAGCAUUGAGUACAUUUCAUCUCUGAUUGAAAUGGAAAGUGUUUCGUUUCAUUCAAAUCACAUGGGUAAGUUCUUCCUUUUAAUGACAGAUAUAUAUCCGUAUGUGACAGAAUGUUCAGAAUUCAUACAGGUUUUGUACAUGCUCCCUGCACAAUGUGUUACACAUUAGAGAGAAUGUAUAGAUGGCAGGAAAAAAUCUCCUAAAACUGAAAUUACGCAUAGUAAUAUGCAUUAAAACAAUUCCAGCUGUAUUACGAAACAGAAGUAAGUAUAUUUUAUACUACCAUCUUCAUAUUGAACUGGAAUUGUGUGUCUCUUUGUUAUUUGAAUUGAGAAUAUACAUGUGUGAUGAGGCUUACCCAGAUUAAGAUGAAUUCUCAAUCCGAGGUUUAAUGAUGCUGCCAUAAAGAGCAGUUGAACGUCUAAACAUGCACACCCCUGUUAGAAAUACAAACUUUGAAGAUUUGACAUGAUAAAAAAUAUAAAUUAUAUAUUAGGUUUGGGUGAUUCUAUAUUACUCGUCUUACGUUUUCCCUCCUUUGAUUUUAAAAUUUGAUUAUCAGAUAUGUUUGAAAUAGUAAAUCUGAGAAAAAGUACACAAUAUAGUCCACACUGUAACAAAACCAAAUGAAGAUUGACGAAACUUAGCAGUAAAUUGUAUUGGUGGAAACAAGACUUUGUUAAGAACAAUAUCAUUUUCACUGAACAAGUUUCUCGAAGUCAGCCCUACUUUGUCGGAGUUUUCCCUCACCAGCUAGAAGAUACCAAGUAAGCUGUAUUAAUUUUAUAAUAUACUCGCUUUUGAAAGAAUAUGUAUAAGCUUUACUUGGUAACAUCACCAAUAUCUGAGAUGAUAAAGAUGAGACGAUGGAAAUGGAUCGGACAUGUCCACAGGAUGGGAGCAACAUCAAUCCCAAAGAUCGCCAUGAGAUGGACACCAGCAGGAAAGAGAAAUAGAGGGAGACCAAAGGAAACAUGGCGGCGAUCAGUAGAGAAAGAGAUGAAGGAGUGUUGAUGGACUUGGGGCCGGAUUCAGAACAUGGCAGCAGACAGACAGAGAUGGCGAUCCUCAGUGAAGGCCUUAUGUGCUUUGUAGCACGAAGAGAAUUAAGUAAGUUACUUGGUAAUAUUUGACAAGAUGUGAUAUUAGUCUUGCUUUCAUAUUUGUACUGAUAUAAGUCGGUGCUUAGAAUGAAUUCAAAAUAAAUAAAUGAUGUGUAAAAUGUUCCUGAUAGCAUAAGCUUGAUAAAUGGACCAUAUAAUGAAUGACAAAUGUUCAGGACUGUGUAAGCUUGCUGAAUCGAUCGGAAUAUUUAUGAUUCUUGUUAAUAAAUAAUUCUACUUCCCACAGGCACUUGUUCAUGUUAGUGAUAAAAAGUUGUAUAUACACAACACAAGGUACGUAUGUAUACAUUUUAAAACAUUUCACCGUCCACAAUCUUUCCCUUUUGUAAUAGUUGCUUCUACAGGAAUUGAGGUUGGAGCAGAUUUUAAGAAAAUCAUAUCUGCACCAAAUGAAGGGCGAAGAUGACAAACUGAUCAAUCUCAUAACUCCUAUAAGCAAUACAAAACAGAGAGUUGGGCAAACACGGUCCCCUGGACACAUUAGAGGAAUGGAAGGGAUUGUAAAUACACUGAUUGUAAAACCAGGAUAAUCAGAGGGACACCAACCAAUCUGUCAGAGCCUGUGCCCCUUACAGACUCCAUAGAGUGACGGUCUAACAAGCAGUAUGAAACAUGGCAGGGAGUUGAGGAUUGCCGCGUCCACGAUAACAAACUUCUGCUCCUCUGGAUAUGUUAUAAUGGAAGAAACUGCUGCUGCGAUUAAGACGUGUUUAACAUUCCGAAUCUGCAGACAAUCUCUAAGGCGUAUCCUUGUCGACACCAACAACGGUCUCACUUGUAGGUAUACUGUAGGUAAAACUGGACAGUACGGUAGGUCCCUAAUUUUCCUUUUUAGUUCGAUAAUGCUGCAUUGAAUUCCUGAUGUUUGCUUAAGCCUGCGUCUGAGUUUCAGUCAUGCCUCAUGGCGUCGCCAUUUUGAAAAAACGUGCGAAUUCAAUUUCAUUUACAAUUUAGCUAUUAAUUAUCAAUUAAUAAGUAUUAAUUACAAUUUCCUUUAUAAUUACUGGAGUUAGAUAUAAUUAUAAAUAUAAACAGAUACAUGUAUAUAUAAUUUAUAAAAGUUUACUGUAGUUCAUCAUGCUCCGAGUUAAACGGAGGGCCAGGAACGCUCCAUAUAUUGGUCCAGCGGCUGGGACAAGAGGAGCCGCAUCCAGGACGACGACGGCUCACGCCUCUGCCAGACCUACAACGGUGACAACUCACAUGGCCACUGACCUCCCUACUCAGCUUAGCCUGCCAGUCAUCCCUCUAAGCACUCCGCCAGUUGUGGACCCUCAUCAACAGGUUAUGGCUAACUUCCCAAUUAAUGAAAACAGGGGAGAACAAAUUUCAGGUGAAAAUGUUACCAAUACCAUGCACUCUUAUCAUGAGCCUGUCAUAGCACCACUAGUUAGUGUUGGCGACGACUUGGCCGUUCACAUUGAACAAACAAUCAAGGAAAAAAUUUGGAAGCGAGAUUACAUUGAAUUAUCUAAGUUAAUACAGUCUGAAUUUGAAAUUUCCUAUGAACAACGGGUUUCAGUUGUCAAUGGCCAGCUUGUCAUCCAACCAAAAAAUCCACCUAAACGAAUUACAUCAAUACAUACUUGGACAGAUGCAUUUUUAAUCUUCGCAAGUAUAUACUUAAUGAGGCACCCUGUUGAUCUCCAGGGCAUCCUCAAGUAUAUGCACAUAGUUAGACUGGCAGCAAACAGAUCAGUUAGUGGGUGGAUUGAAUAUGAUAGGCAAUUCAGGCUACGCCUGUCAAAGAAUCCCAACAUUUCCUGGGGUUCCGUUGAUGCUGAGCUAUGGGUCUUGUUUAUUUCUAACCAAAGCCAGUCACCCCCCACUCAACCGACCCAUAAAUGUUUCGACUUUAACUUUACGGGUUCAUGCCUUCGCCAGCACUGUAAUUACCUCCACUUGUGCAUGUAUUGUAAUAAGUCGCAUCCUAGACUACAUUGUUGAGUCAAUCAAAGUAAUCCAUCUCCUCAGGCUAACAUCCCAAACCCAACAUCCAACCCUCAACCCAGGCAACCGUUAAGUCAGCACAAUUUUCGUCCCUUCAACCCCCGAGCACAAUCCAAUUCCCAUCAACGUCAAAGAAAUAUGGGACCUAGGUUCAACACCCAUUAAUCAUUCCAUUUUGAAAAAUUACCUUCGUGAUCAUCCUGAUACUCAGUUAGUCCAGCACGUUGUGAAUAGUUUUAGACAUGGUUUCAGUUUAAAUUACACAGGAUUAAGACUCUUGGUUUCGGCAAAAAAUUUGAAAUCUGCAACUCAGCAUCAGGUAGAAUUACUCCAGAUAAUUCAUAAAGAAAUUAGUUUAGGUCGUAUGGCUGGUCCUUUUCACCAUCGCCCUUUGUCAAAUUUAAGGUGCAACCCAGUUGGGGUUUUGCCUAAAAAAGAUGGGAGUUGGCGACUAAUCACCAACUUAUCUGCUCCAAUUGGAAAUAGUGUAAAUGAGUUUAUCGACCCGAAAUUGUGUUCAGUUGCUUACGCAUCAUUUGAUCAGGCUAUCCAAAUGAUUCAAAGGUUAGGGCAGGGGGCAUUAUUGUGCAAAAUGGAUUUAUCUCGUGCCUUUAGGUUGUUACCAGUACAUCCUGCUGAUUUUUCUUUGUUGGUUAUUUGUGUAGGUGAUCAAUUCUUCAUUGAUAAAUGCAUGCCAUUCGGUUGCUCUAUUGCUUGCGCAACUUUUGAGAAGUUUUCCUCAUUACUACAUUGGAUAGUAGCUACCCAAUCACACAACAGUAAUAUUAUUCAUUACCUCGACGAUUUCUUGUUUGUUGGUAAGCCAUUGUCUGAUCAUUGUUAUAACCUCUCUCUAGUUUUCAGACAAACUUGUAGAGCAAUCGGGGUUCCAAUCAAUGACAAAAAAACUGAGGGUCCAACUACCAAACUUACAUUUCUAGGUUUGGACAUUGACACAAUUAGCCAAACAAUCUUCAUCCCUGAACAGAAGUGCAUUGAGCUCAAACAAGCCUUGGUCUAUUUAUCGUCGUCCUAGAAGGUCACACUUACACAAAUGCAGUCUUUGUGUGGUUCUUUAAUUUUUUUUGCAAAGGUAGUCCCAGGUAGUCGGGCAUUCAACCGUCGAUUUUAUAAUUCUACCAUUGGUAUCCGUAAACCACACUUUCGACUUCGUGUCACAAUAGGCAUGAAACAAGAUGCAAGGGUUUGGUUAGACUUCCUUGAAAACUUCAAUGGCCGUGCUCCAUUUCCAGAUCUCCUAUGGUCAUCAAAUACUGCGUUAAACCUAUUUACGGAUAGCUGCGCAUCUUGCGGAGGCGGUGCAUUUUGCAACAACAGUUGGCUUGUUAUUAAGUGGCCUAGUACCUGGGAUUAUCAGGUUCUCCGAGACAUAACAUUCCUCGAGUUAGUUCCUAUUCUGUGCGCAUUCUGUGCGCAUUCUGGGUAUGGGCGGGUAGCUUUGAGUCUAAGAAAUUGUUACUACAUACAGACAAUUUGGCUUUGGUCCACAUCUUAAAUUCACAAUCGAGCAAAUCGCAAAGGGUCAUGCAGUUAGAACGCCCAUUAGUGUUGCUCUGCUUAAGACACAAUAUACAAAUAAAAGCGGUUCAUAUUCCUGGAUGUCGGAAUUCCAUUGCUGAUGCUAUUUCUCGCUUUCAGUGGGACCGCUUCAAAUCCCUUGCCCCACAGGCAGAGAAAUAUCCGUCACGGAUACCUCCAGCAAUAUGGCAAGUCUUGAGUAUCGAAUAGAAGCACAUUUAGCAGCAGCAGAUUCCAAAAACACCGCGGCUACUUAUAGCAGGGCUCUAGACUCAUUUACAGAAUUUCGGUACAACCUUCCAUCAUUUUGGCCACCUUCUGUGGACCAAAUUGUUUAUUACUUAGCUUAUCUAUCAGCAAAGAACAUAUCAUUUUCCACAGCAAAAUGCUACUUAAGCGGGCUAAGUUACCAUUUGCAAAUUCAAGGUAAAGAAGACACAACUAAAGUUUUCAUUGUUAAGAAGAUGUUAGAAGGCAUGCAUCGUUUAAACCCAUUAAAGGACAUAAGGGCACCUAUUUCGUUGCCCCUAUUAAAUCGGGUUACAUUGGCACUUCCUUCAGUCUGUAAAAAUUAUUACGAGGCAACUUUGUUUACUGUUGCUUUUCAUUUGGCCUUCUUUGCAUUACUUAGAGCUAGCGAGCUAACAGUCUCUACAAACACUUCAUACGCAAUUUCCAUUCAUGGUCUUGGGUUCUAUAAGAACCAAAUUAAACUGCGUAUUAGGGGUUCGAAGACUGAUCAGUAUGCAGUGGGUUCCAUUGUUCAGAUAGAUCUCAAUCAGGAAACCUCUACACUAUUUCAAUCGUUACAACAUUAUCUGCACUCUAGACCAACAUCACCUGGCCCUUUAUUACUCCACCUAAACGGUAAGCCACUCACUUCUUAUCAGUUUACUUCAAUCUUGCACAAAGCAUUACGGUUCAUUGAAGUCGACACAUCUACAUUUAAAUUCCAUUCAUUUAGAAUAGGGGGUGCAACCCAUAUGCAUCUCUCGGGGGUCCCAGAAGAACAUAUCAAAAUUAAGGGUAGAUGGAAGUCUAACGCAGUUAAAUCCUAUAUUCGUGUAUGAAUUGUCAUUAUAGGCUUGGUGCUUGCAACAUUAUACUGGUCACUAACAGUAUGUUAAGUUUGCAGGUAUCCACACAGUCGUAUGGAUAGUCGGAUCAUCUUUGAUAUAUCAUGCAUGCAACUACACUAAACCCUAUUUUGGUAAUCAGCACCUCAACCUACUAUCCAAGAACAUUGCCAUUAGAUGGUUUGGUCAGAGGGGCAUGACCUGGGAGCAUAUGGAAUCUAAGAUCCAAAGGCUAGUUGUUCAAUUUGGUCCUCCCGAUGAUUUGAUGUUACAUUGCGGUGGUAAUAGCAUCGGGACCAUGUCACUUAGACAAUUGCAAAGAUUUAUGAAGCAAACUAUGUAUACACUUUAUCAAUUAUUGCCAAAUUGCAGAUUCAUUUGGUCUGAAAUCUUGCCUCGUACUUAUUAUCGUCAUAUGUUCUCAUUAAAUUCAGCAGAAAUGUCCCGCAAGAGAAUAAAUAGUGCAAUGAGUGCAUUUAUCAUUCAACGGGGUGGGGGUUAUAUUUCGUACCCUGAUCUCAAAUCAUGUUCCCCGGUCUUGUUUCGAGACGGGGUACACUUAACUGAUAUUGGUCAAACUAUAUUCCUGAACACCAUUCAGGGGGGCCUUUUCACUAUUAUUAGGGAGGGGGUUCAGCACUUUCCGCCUCGAGCAGUUAAUCGAGGUCAGUUGAUCCAUACUGGGCAGUUCGUCAUGGCAGGGGCCAAAAUUUGCAGCAUGUGGCUGAUGUCUAUGCGCACCUUGCUUCACUGCAGGUUCUCGUCGACAUGUGGCCGAAUUUUGAACUUUGAAGCCUGUCCUAGAUUUCUGUUGUUUUCCAGGGUCUGGGGCCAAUAAUUGGGCUUCUGUCAUUUUCUCAUUUUCAUUGAUAUUGCUAUGCCAUAUACUGUUGACAAAGUCGGUGUAGCUCAUUGUCGUUGUACAUUAUUGGUGUUUAUAUUUGUCAUUGAUUCACCUUGUAUACUCAUUUGCCAUAGCUCGUGGCACCGUUGUUAUUGUCAAGAAUUUGCUCUAUAUAUAUAAAGCCAUGACAAAAACUGCCAAAUCAGUCUUGGUGUUGAUGUGUCGUCAUAAUCAGAGUUAACUCCUUAGAGUUCACUCCUUUUAUGCCGACCAGCAACUCAUCAUCAACAUAUACAAAGAAAGAUAACUCUCAUGUUAUGAGAGUGACAUGCACGUCUUCAGUACAUGCUUAUAAGAGCAUGCGUAACGAGGAAGCUUCCUUUUCCAACUUGUAGCUGCUGCGAUUAAGACCCAUCCCACCCAACCCGUUUCUGAUAUAUUUCGGAUAUUUCUGUUUUUGUUUCAAUUUUCUUUUCAGGUAUUGGGCGAUCCUUGGAAGCAUACCGAUACAUAAUAGACGUCGUGGCUUUAUACAGAUGUGUAUUCUGGUGGAACCGUUGGUUCUUACACUGACUUGGCCGAAUUUUGAACUUUGAAGCCUGCCCUAGAUUUCUGUUGUUUUCCAGAGUCUGGGGCCAAUAAUUGAGCUUCUGUCAUUUUCUCAUUUUCAUUGAUAUUACUAUGCCAUACACUGUUGACAAAGUCGGUGUAGCUCAUUGUCGUUGUACAUUAUUGGUGUUUAUAUUUGUCAUUGAUUCACCUUGUAUACUCAUUUGCCAUAACUCGUGGCACCGUUGUUAUUGUCAAGAAUUUGCUCUAUAUAUAUAAAGCCAUGACAAAAACUGCCAAA